UUUCGGUUUCUAUUCUUCGCUUGCUCCACUACCUUCUCUAAGGGAGUGCGCCUCUCCCAAUAUCUCCUUGGAUUGCGAUCAUCAGAGAUCGAAAGAUGUUUGAUUGCUUAGUGGGCGGCAAAUUCUCCGUCGGAUGCAAGCACGCGGUGAAGCGUAUAAGGCUGCGUAUGGACGCGAUCGUGAAGAAGAAGCAGGCCACGGUGAGGCUACUCAAGAAGGACGUCGCCGACCUCCUUGCCGCCGGACACGAGUCUAAUGCCUUCGCCAGGAUGGAUGCACUCAUAUGUGAUAUAAACCGAGCAUCUUGCUAUGAAAUGAUUAAUCGGUUUUGUGAGGUUGUCUUGAAUCAGCUUCCAACCCUACAAAAGCUGAGAGAAUGCCCUCAAGGUGCAAUGGAAGCAGUGUCAACUCUUAUUUUUGCAGCGGCUAGAUUCUCUGAUUUGCCAGAACUAUGUGAUCUUAGGCGUAUGUUUACAGAUCGAUAUGGGAGUCAUAUGGAACCAUUUGUGAAUGCUCAGUUUGUUGAGAAAAUUCAAAAGAAGGCAUUUCCCAACGAAAAAAAGAUGCGUAUGAUGCAAAAUAUCGCAGAAGAGUUCUCUGUUAAAUGGGAUUCUUGGACAUUUGAGCAUAAAUUAUCGAGUUCUCCUGCAACCAAAUAUGAACAACCUGAGACAGUUGCACUGGAUCCUGUGGAUGAUGCAACUCCACUAGUGCCCAAUAAAGGCAGAAAGGAGGAGACUUCACCAACAAAAAAUCGUGAACGUAUGGCUUUUGUGCGGCGGCACAAGCAAAUGGAGUUUAAUGAGAUUGAAAAUGUCGAACCAUAUCUGACCAGUUCGGUGGUUCCUUCAUGUGGUAAUCAAAUAAGCAAUCAGAAGUAUGACAAUGUCGGUAGUUGGUACAAUAAGGUAGCGAAGGAUCGAAGAGGCUCUGAGAAGCAAGGAGUUUUCACAAAAUCUCCAAAUGAGAAACCAACAACUAUCCCUUCGUACGGCAAAUCAAAUGGGAGCAAAAGUAAUAGCCGAGUGAUGGAGAAUAGUGGAAAUCGAAAUGGCUCACAGAAUGAUCAUGUCGAAUGGAUGGGUCAUACCGAAAAGGGUAGAGAUCCAAAUGGAUCUGUGGAUCAGAAAAGUAGAACAACCAGAAUGCUACCUCCACCUUAUGUAAAGCCAAAAGUCAAUAGUUUUGUUACUGCUGAUCAAAUGAUAGAAAAACCGAGUUUUGCUUGCCCUGCCAAACCUUAUGGCACUUGUGAUGACCAGCAGAAUGGAAUCAUUGGCGAUAUGGAAAUGAAGCCUACUGCUUUGUGCAGGAAGUCACAGCAUUUAGCAGUCAGUAAUGCCAAUGAUAGAGUGUUCACUGAAAUAAGUGAUCAGAUCAUCUAUGAUGACAACUACAGAGCCGAAACCCCAAGAGAAAGAAGAGGAAAACAUAAGAGCAGGCAAACUUCUGGUGUCGUCAGUGAGUACUGCAAUGAGGGAAAAAAAAUAAAGAGACAUCAAUAUGAACCUAUUGACGAUCAAGCGGACGAUAGAAGACACCACAAAAGUAGGCAUGUUAUUGCUGGUGCUAAUCCUGAUUACUAUAAUGAUGGACGCCCUAGAGAAUUUAUUGAAAGUGAGAAGGCUGAAGGAAGAAGGCAAACAAGCAGGAAGAGUGCUAGCACCGUUGAGGACUACUAUGGUGUGCGGAAGUCCAGAAAUACACAUUCAUUCGAACCCUUUGACGAUGGAUUGGACAUCCAAAAACAAUUCAAAAGUAGAUAUGGUGCUGAUAACUAUGGUUAUUACUAUGAUGAUGGGAAAGCUUUCGACAAUGAGAUGGACAACCAAAAACGAUAUACAAGAAGGAAUACCUACAAUGAGUACUAUAAUGAGAACACUAGAGAUGCACAUCCAAGCGAACCCAUUGAUGAAAAGUUAGAUAAUAACCAGAGCCGACACAGAGGCAGGAAGGAUUUCAGUAAAAAUGGUGCUUACUACAGUAAGGAAAAGACCACAACAAGACAAGCAAGAGAACAUUUUGAUGGUCUGAUGGAUAACCGAAGGAGGCAUUCAGGAUGGAAGAGUUCUAGUAUAACUAGUGAGUUUUAUGAAGAGAUGGGCACUGCCAUAGAGCAUGACAAACUUGAUGUUAGAACACCAAGCAGGUCUGAAAUGAGCCGAGGCAGACAUAAUGCUUCUAUCUACAACGAGUACGAUGAUGAAGACAAAAUUAUGGAUAAGCUCUUGAUUCAUUAUAGCAGAAAAGGAACGCCAAAACACAAAUCAAGGAGAAGCAGAACUCCGCUGAGGGAUCAUGUCCUCAGUUCUGAACGACCAAGAGUAUCUGCGCCUAUUGAAAGAGCAGUACCACUGUCACCUGAGCCAGUUAGACCUCCUGGAGAUUCUAAGGUUCCUACUCCAGCUGCAUCAAUACAGCCAGACUCGCGAAGUCCUAAUGGAAGACGAGUACAUCCCAAACUACCGGAAUAUGAUGACUUAGCUGCACGUUUUGCCUUCUUAAAGAAGUUAUGAGACCUUCCUUGGAGUACCAUUUGUGUAAGAUUUUCAUUUGAGAUGCAUAGUAUUUUCUAGUCUGCAGUAUCUGGCUUUGUUUCAAAUAUUUGUUAAAAUUCACCAUGCAGUAUUAGAAGUUUCAGAUUUUCUAUUUGCUUUCUUGUAAAUGAUGAUUAUGAUUAGUAAGCAUUUGGAUACGUCUAU